AUGGCAAUACUUAGAAAAAUAAAAAAUACAUUAUGUUGUUAUUCUAACAAACAUAUAUUGUUGGAUGACGACGACGACGAUGUUGCCUCCAUCUUAGAACAACAUAUUCAGAAAUUAGACGAUGAAGAAAGUAACAGCAAUACUAGACUACAACAACAACAAAUAAUUGUAAAAUCUGUAUUAAGGAAACGUAGAAAUGCUUCUGUUUCGACAAUUAAAAGUGAUCAUAGUCCAAGAAGAAGAUACAAUGUAUUGCUAUUUGGCGAUAGUCUAACUGCUGGCUGGAUGAAAAAUUCUGAAGGUUAUGCAUCAUAUUAUCCUUAUGGUUUACGUUUACAAAAAAGAUUUGAAGAAGAAGGCUUAGACGUUGAGGUAACAGUCAGCGGUGUACCUGGUGAGUGUGUGGUAUCGAUGGAAGAAAGAUUAAAAAAUGAGCUUGAACAACCUGGAAAAUGGUAUGAUUGGGUCGUGAUCCUAGGUGGAACAAAUGAUGUAAUAAAUGGUUAUUCAGCAUGGGAAAUCUUUGACGGUUUAAAGAAAUUGUAUACAUUAUGUUCAAAACAUGGUGCUAGAGUGCUUGGUAUCACUAUUCCUGAAUUUGAUUGGGAUAUUGUAAAUCAUUUAGAUUAUCAAAGACGUAUUGUAAAUGAACAUUUAAACGUAUACAAUAAUAGUACAACAAGAAAUACAUUUACCCUUUUCUUGCUUGACAGAUUCUUCCCAAUGCAUUCAUUAACUACUGAACAACGUAGAAUAUUUUGGGAUCAUGAUGGUGUACAUCCUACACAAGAAGGUUAUGACUUAAUGGGUGAUAUGAUGUUUGAUAUACUUUUCAAAGAGGGAACAUGGGAUUAA